CGUAGUAGGAGUAGUACGUUACAACUCGCCACGAAAACCAGAGUUGAAAGCGGCAACCACCCACCCGAGCCCGACUCCUCCUCCCCUCCCGGCCAGAGUCCACCCCUCCUCCCUCCGCUCGCCCGCCGACACACGCGCAACGCGCGGCGCCGAACUCACCACCACCCCUCAUCCUCCUCGUCUCCGGCACCCGCCCGCUCUCUCGCCCCGCCAGCCGACAGAUUCCCGGCCACGAAGCUCGCUUCCGGCGAGAUCCCGCGACAAUGGAGGUGAGGACAGUAAAAGUUGGCAAUAUUUCGUUGAGUGCCUCAAAAAGGGAGAUCACAGAGUUCUUUUCUUUCUCUGGUGAUAUAGAAUAUGUUGAAAUGCAAAGCGAAACUGAUUGGUCACAACUUGCGUACGUCACAUUUAAGGACUCACAAGGAGCAGACACCGCUGUGCUUCUCUCAGGAGCAACGAUUGUUGAUCUUUCUGUCAUCAUAACUCCAGUUGAGAACUAUCAGUUGCCUCCUGAAGCCCGCAAACAAUUACCGGGAGAGAAUUCUCCCUCUGCUGAAUCUGCAGUCAGGAAGGCGGAGGAUGUUGUGAGCAGCAUGAUGGCCAAGGGUUUUGUCCUCAGCAAGGACGCACUCAACAUGGCAAGGUCUUUCGACGAGCGUCACAACAUCAUGUCCACCGCCACCGCCACCGUCGUGUCUCUAGAUCACCAGUACGGCCUGAGCGAGAGGAUCAGCCUGGGCCGGGCGGUCGUUGGGAGCAAGGUCAAGGAGGUGGACGAGCGGUACCAGGUGUCGGAGCUCACAAGGUCCGCCCUGGCCGCCGCCGAGCAGAAGGCCAGCGUCGCGGGCUCGGCUCUCAUGGGCAACCAGUACGUCUCGGCUGGCGCUUCCUGGCUUACCAGUGCGUUUGGCAUGGUGAGCAAAGCGGCGGGCGACAUGGGCUCCAUGGCCAAGGACAAGGUCGACAAGGCCGAGGAGGAGAGGAAGGCGAUCAUGUGGGAAGAGAGGAACGGGCUGGUGAGCGAGUACGCGAAGAUCCAUCUUGACGAGCACUCCUCGUGGGAGCCCGCGGUUCUUCCCGUGGAAUCUAUGGACGAGCAGAAGCUCCAGGCCGUGUGAUGAGCCGGUAGCCGCUACGACUGGUGUGUGUCAUUCGUUGAUUGUUACUUGUCGGAUAUAUAUAGAGAUCCUUUUUUUCGCUGGAGCAAAAACAGGUUGUUGUCUGUCUAUCGGCGCCUACAGUGUGAUGUAAAUUUUAGAAUGCUGCGCUUGCUUGUGUUCCUGUCAGCUUUGUUAUGCUGCUAGAGCCACUGAAAGGGUUUUUUCCUUCUUGUUUUCUGCUACCAUAGAAUGCAACUCAUACUCGUUGGAUGUAAUUUACCUGAUGCUGAGAUCAGGUGUGGGAAUUGAAGUUACUUUUCUGUUCACCCCUUCUGUAAUUUGAGAACAUAGUUCCAGUAUUAGCUGCUAAAA